AUGAAAGUCACCGCUAUUCAAGAGCAUAAAGAUCUGAAUACAUACAGACUAAGUGACCUAAUCGGAAAUCUUCAAACCUAUGAACUGGAGAUGCUACAAGGUCAGAAAAACAAUGGUAAAGGAAUAGCAUUACAGUCCAGACAAGAAGAGAACUCAGAAACUGAUUCAGAAACCAUGGAUCAGUCAAUUGCACUACUAACAAAGAAUUUUAACCGAGUUCUCAAGAAAUUUAACAAGUCCAGGAAUAAAAACUUCUCAAACAACCCGGUAAAUUCUACAAAUCAGAAACCAUCCAAUCCAAAGAGAAGAGAUAAUACAAUUACUGAAGGAAUACAAUGCUAUGAAUGCAAAGGCUUUGGACACAUUCAAUCAGAAUAUAGUGAAGAAGAUGAUAACAACACAAACUUCGUAGCAUUCACUGCUAGUCAUGAAGACAACAAUAGUGAUGACAUGCAAGAGUUACUAGAAGCAUACUCUCAACUAAAUGCCAAAUGGGAGCAAAUCAUCAAGAAAAACUUGGAACUCAUGGAAGAUAAUCACUAUUUAAAGAAUGAAAAAGAGCGAAUAGAGAAACAGUACAAAGAAGCCCAGAACGAACUCCUAGACCUCAAGAACAGAGAAACAAAACUGCUACAAGAAGUUAAGGAGCUUACCAAAAGACCCGGGACUCCAAGCACGGACACCAGUGAGAAUAACCAACCUGAAAUACAGGAGGUGUCGCAACAGCACUUCCGACAUUGA